AUGUUUAAUGCAAACCUCGUAAGUGACAAACCAGUCUGCAUCCACUGGUUCAGACAUGGUCUGCGUCUUCACGACAAUCCCGCCCUACUUAAUGCGGUAGAGGACGGUGGCGAGUUGUAUCCAAUCUUCAUCUUUGAUGGGGAAGUAGCAGGCACACGUACAGCCGGGUAUAACCGGAUGCGUUUUCUAUUGGAGAGCCUGCGAGACCUGGAUGAACAAUUCAUUAAAGAUGGUGGACGUCUGUUUGUUUUCAUUGGACAUUUAGUAACCAUACUAUCCAAGCUGUUCAGGGAGUUGUCAGUGUCAAAGCUGACAUUUGAUGCGGACGUGGAAGCGAUCUGGCACGAGAGGGACACACAAGUGAGGCGUCUCUGUGAGGAGUACAAUGUUGAAUGUGUCGAGAAGGUCUCGCAUGUACUCUGGGAUCCUCAAGUAAUUUUGCAGAACAAUGGCGGCAACCCACCCCUGACCUUCUCGCUGUUCAAUAAAGUGGCGACGGCUGUAGGUGAUCCGCCCAGGCCGGUAGCUUCCCCUGACCUAUCCAAAAUCACGUUCAAGAUCAAAAGCGAUCAUGAUGAGUUGUUCGGCAUUCCUGAUAUCAACUCACUGGGUGUGUUUGCUGAAAGUGAAGAACAGGAUCAGCGCCACAAUGACUGGAAAGGUGGCGAGUCAAAAGCAUUGGUCCUUUUCCAGCACAGAAUGAGGGUUGAGGCGAUGGCGUUCAGUUGUGGAAACGUGAUGCCGAACCAGACGUUUCCAGCCGUUGCGGGGCCUCCACUCAGUUUAAGUGCUUACCUGAGGUUCGGCUGUCUCUCCAUACGUAAAUUUUACUGGGCCCUUAGGGAUACUUUUGUGCAGCUUAACCCAAGGAAGGCGUUCACGAUAUCUGUUAUCGGUCAGCUAGUCUGGCGGGAAUACUUCUACACGAUGUCUGUGAACAACAUAAACUUCGACAAGAUGGAAAGCAAUCCAAUCUGCCUUAACAUUCCCUGGCAUGAGGACAAGGAAAAGCUAAGGAGAUGGGAACAGGGAGAAACGGGUUUCCCAUGGAUUGAUGCGAUUAUGAAGCAGCUGAAAAGUGAGGGUUGGAUUCACCACGUGUGUCGUCAUGCAACAUCCACCUUCCUAACCCGCGGGGACCUCUGGCUCUCUUGGGAGGAGGGACUUAAGGUAUUUGACAAGUACCUGUUGGAUGCUGAUUGGUCGGUUUGUGCGGGAAGCUGGAUGUGGAUGUCUAGCUCCGCAUUCGAGAAGACUCUUCAGUGUCUCAAGUGUUACUGCCCCGUGCGAUACGGACGCAAAAUGGACCCAGCUGGUGUCUAUAUCAGACGCUACCUGCCGGUAUUAAAGGACAUGCCCCUUCGCUACCUGUUUGGGCCGUGGAAGGCUCCCAAGUCUGUCCAGGAGAAGGCUCGCUGUGUUAUCGGCGAAGAUUACCCCGAGCCUAUGGUGGACCACGGGAAGGCCUCAACGGAAAACUAUAGCAGGAUGAUGGAAGUCAAAAAUAAACUGAUUGCUAGUGGCAGACGAAUCGAUCACUGUGGCCCAGCAAGCUCUGAAGAGGUUAGCAUGUUUGUCUGGAUGCCAGGAACCCACAAAGGAACCUGUUCCUCGGACAUGGAGACAUGUGAAGCGACCGAUUCGACAGUGUGUGACGAACUCGUGGAAAUUUAA